AUGGCAACCGAAAAAAAUCGAAUGGACUCUCCGAAAAGUGCAUUAUCUAUUCAACCAACACCAUUUAGUAUCGAACAUAUUCUCAGCAGUUCAACCAACCACGUGGGACAGCUAGAAAUUCGUCCCAUCAUUCUUCAAGAAUCUUAUGGAGAACAUGAAAAUAAUUAUAAUCGUGGUGGUGAAACUGUUAUUGAAAUUGAUGGUCAAUUAUCAAGUAGUAGUGGAAUAUCUUUUUUGAAAAGAACAACUUCUCCGGAUAACCGGACAAGUGUAGUUCGUGAGUUGAAUAUCUUGAGAAGAAAUCUAGUCCAGACAAAUUUGUCAAAUUACAAUAAUUUACCGUCAAUUACAAAAGCCAGUUUUCAAAAUCUUGAUCAACUGGAUAACAUUGCUAAUUAUCGUAAAUUUAAAGAUUCACGAGAAUCAUCAUUAAAUCAUCGUCAGCAAGACGAAGCUUUGGAUAUGAGUAAAACAAAAUAUCUUGAUGAAAUAGAGGAUGAUAUGUAUGAUAAUCAAUCGCACGGGCAAUUACUUCAGAACAGAAAAAAACGUAGUAGAGCAGCUUUUUCACAUGCUCAAGUGUAUGAGCUCGAGAGACGAUUUGCAGCUCAAAAAUAUCUAUCAGGGCCAGAAAGAGCUGAUCUUGCACGUGGACUAAAAUUAACUGAAACUCAAGUCAAAAUUUGGUUUCAAAACCGAAGAUACAAAACUAAGAGGCGACAGCAACAAGAAUUGGGUGCGAUAGUUAAUUCCAGUGCCGCAAGACGAGUAGCCGUGAGAGUAUUGGUUCAUCCAGAUGAGCAAUUGAGAGGAUUACCAUCUCUACGUACUUCAAAUUUACAACUUCCUGGGCAAAUUUCAUGCUCACCACAGAUUCACCCAUCAAACAAACCGUUCAACACGUUCCCUUACUACUGCCUACCCUAUCAUCCGCUUCUCUGUCCUUCACUUCACACAACUCCUCCCCAUUUACAGGUGCAAACUAGUAUACCCCCCGAGAUUGAUCAUCAACUACCCCGUGAAACUCAACUAUCUAAAAUUAUCCAUGAUAACAAUGAUAAAUAA